AUGAGCGAGGACAAAGUAAUUCUGUGGACCCUCCCACCUUCUUCCAACUCGGCUGUGAUUCGGACAUUCCUAUUGGCAGCUGAGAUUCCCUUUGAAGAGAAGAAUGCCUGGGGUCAAACUAGAACUCCCGAGUAUAUUGCCAAGUUUCCCAACAAUUGCGCUCCUGCUGUUGAACAUGGCGACUUUUCCGUCUGCGAAACCGCCGCAUCCAUGCGCUACUUGGCCAAGGCAUUCCCCGACAAGGCAGGAAAGUUUUAUCCAUCCGACAAUGCCCAAAAGGCUGCCAAAAUUGACAUGGUCUGCGACAUGAUCAAUACCGGAAUUUGUAACCUCAUCCCCAAGGCAGCCUAUCCCACGUUGGGAUUCCCCUUAUAUGCUGGAGACGUUGCUGCCAUGGAUGAAUCCAAGGAACACACCAAGGCGUCUCAAAAGGCUGCCGCCGAUGCCAUUAAGGAAUACCUAGAAAACAAGGUGGUGGGCAUUCUGUUGGACAAGACCAAGUUUUUGAUGAGUGAUACUCCCACCAUUGCCGAUUUUCGGUUUGCGCCCAUGUUGUCGCAAAUCAAGGUCACCAUGGAGUUGCCCGAUGGGAUUGCCGAUUAUCUCGAACGAAUGGAAGCAGACGUACCGGGUUUUGCGGACGGCAACAAACCAGCCAAUGAAUACAAUUCCAAGUUUUGGGUUACCAAUCCAGUGGACUGCUAA